AUGAACAGAUUCAUAUUACAAGAAGCAACACCAAUUCCAAACAAUUACAAAACUCACAAAUCCACUGCAGGAUUUCCUGUUUUACAAAUCUGUGCUGCAGUAGGUGCGAGUGUUGCAGGAAUCAUCUUUGCGCUUCUGCUCUUCUUCUACAUCAGGAAAUAUUAUUACUACAAAAGAAAAAAUGCAGGAAACAAAGAUCCUGACUGGCCAAAGGUAGAGCUGAGACAAUAUCGACUUGCAGAACUAGAGAAGGCUACAAACUCCUUCAGCGGUGAAAGGUUGCUUGGCUCAGGUGCAUUUGGAAAUGUUUAUAAAGGAGUUUUUAAUGGUGGUAAAAUAACACUUGCAAUAAAGAAAGCUCAUUUAGAUUCUUAUCAGACUGUUGAGGAAUUUCGAAAUGAGGUUGAGCUGCUUCACAGGGUCAAGCACAAGAACCUUGUGUGUUUGGUUGGCUACUGUGCAGAAGAUGGGCAAAGAGUACUUCUGUAUGAGUAUGUUUCACAAGGAUGUCUACUUGAAUACCUUGUUGGAAAAGGAAAAAGGCCUUUAACUUGGCAGCAAAGAAUAAAGAUAGCCAUUGGAUCAGCAAAAGGCAUUGCUCACCUUCAUGAAACCCAGCCAAAUAUAAUACACAGGGACGUCAAGCCAAGCAAUGUCCUAAUAGAUGAUGAAUUUGAGGCUAAGGUUUCAGACUUUGGACUAGUAAAAUUGGGACCGGAUGGCGAUGCAUCGCAUGUCAGCACUCAGGUGAAGGGCACUCCGGGCUACAUGGACCCUGCCUACUGCUCCAGCCUCCACCUUACUCCUUCAAGCGAUGUAUACAGCUUUGGAGUCAUUCUCCUCCAGCUUGUCACUGCCUGCCCUGCACUUGACCAUAUGAGGCCAAGAUCUCAAUAUCACAUCAGUGAUUGGGCCAAGGCAAGUAUGGAGAGAGGGAGGUUAGAAGAGAUACUAGAUGCAAGUCUCCAACUCGGACCAUGUAACAUGAAAAUGGUUCUGAAAAUGGCACAGUUAGGCAUUAAAUGCACAGCUUGGCAGCCCAAGGAUAGACCAACCAUGAGACAAGUUGUCAUAGAGCUGGAGGAGGCUCAAAUACGUGCAAUAAGUAGCAUGCAAAAAUCCUCAGAUGCAGAAGAGUUGCAGAGUAUUAGUAUCAACAACGUGCAGUUGCAGAGAUUUUCUGUUGGAAGCUAUGAUGACCUUUCUAUCAGGAGUACAAGCUUGAGGUCCUUGGAUGUCAAUUGCAAUAGUAGUAGCGACAGGAGUAAGUUAUCUGGAAUAAGCGAGGAAAUGAAUGGACGACAGUGCUGA